AGGAGUCGAGCGGCUCCGAGCGGCCCCGAGAGGGUGUCAGACGUCAGAUCUCUCUCAGCAUCCAUAUUCCCGGCCGCGGAGCGGAGGAAGAGGCCGCUGUCCGCCGCUCGGUGACGGAGGAGCCUCGGCGGAACCGACCGGACACCGGAAACGGAGCGCGCGAUCAUGCCGUUGGUGAAGAGGAUCAUUGAGCCCAGGUAUCUGUGUCGCGGCGCUCUGCCUGAUGGCGUCGCCAGUGAGCUGGAGUGUGUCACCAACAGCACGCUGGCCGCCGUCAUCAAACAACUCGGAGGACUUAGCCGCCAUGCCGAGGACAUCUUCAGCGAGCUGUUCAGCGAGGCCAACACCUUCUACGUGAGGAUGAGCAGUCUGCAGGAGAGAGUCGACCUGCUGGCUGUCAAAGUCACUCAGCUGGACUCCACCGUGGAGGAAGUGUCUCUGCAGGACAUCAACAUGAGGAAAGCUUUCAGGAGCAGCACCAUCCAGGACCAGCAGGUGGUGUCCCGGAGCUCCAUCCUCAACCCUGUCCUAGAGAUGUACCAACGCAGUGACAAGCCCCCCCCCCUCAACAUCCUGACCCCCUACAGGGAUGAUAAGAAGGAUGGUCUGAAGUUCUACACCGACCCGUCCUACUUCUUCAGCCUGUGGAGGGAGAAGAUGCUUCAGGCCACCGAGAACAAACGCAAAGAGAAGAGACGACAGAAGGUCCGUCCAUCUGUUCCUCUUUCUUUACAUCUUUACAUUUUAUCUGAAAACUACAACAACAGAAUGAAAAGCUCUGUUUGUUUAAUCCAGGAACAGAAGCAUGUGGAGGAGUCUUCAGGCCGGGAGGUGAAGAAGGUUCGGAAAGCUCGGAACCGGCGACAGGAGUGGAACCUGAUGGCGUACGACAAGGAGCUCCGCCCAGAUGCUCGAAUCACUCCGUCACCUUACCACACCUCGGACGGCUCCAUGUCACCUGACAGCUCCCUCCACCAUGACACCCCAGUGCAUGAUGGGAAGGAUCCCGUCACGGCAGCGCUGGGUGGUGGCGGUCAGACUCAGUCGCUGGACCGCGCCCUCAGACCCUCUUCUGUUUCCUCUGCGGUCGCCACAGCAACAGGCCGCCAGCACUCUCUGGGCCGGAACCAGCCGCAUCAUCACCAGCACCAGCCCCCGCUGGCUGGCUCAGCCAAUCAGAACGGAGCACGGACACACGCUGCCAAGGAGGCCAAUGACCAUCAGAUCCCUCCGCCCCCCCUCCGCCCCCCCCUCUGAUGGCGUUCCCCAACAGCUCCACCCACCCCGCUGCCAUGGCAACACCGCUGCACCCAGCAGCUGUUCCUGGUAACCAAGGUGGCACUGCCGUCCUCACUCGCCCCUACAG